AUGUGGAAGAGGGAGAAGAUGAUCUGCAGGAUCCUGCUGCUCAUCAUCCUCACCUCAUGUGUCUCUGGAUCAUUUAUAGUAAAUGUGACACAGACCUAUCAGGCAGAGGAGAACCACAACAUCACCCUGGAGUGGAUGUUCACAACAAAACCUGACCCCAAAUACAUUUUUAUCAACUGUGACCAGAAAAGUAGUGGCAAAGUCCAUGAAAUUUUCAGUAACAAAAUCCAGUAUCAUAUACGUGAUGUUGUUGAGGUGUCAGUGUCUCAAGAUGAAAGGUUUUUAGGACGCGUCCAGAGUGACAAAGAUGCCCUCAGAGAAGGACGAAUUAAACUUCAACUGUCCAGACUCAGGACUGAGGACUCGGGCAUGUACACGUGUCAUGUGAAAACAGAUUAUGGAUCUGGCUCUGCCAGCAGUGAACUCGAGGUCACUAAAUCAUUUGUAGUGAAUGUGACACAGACCUUCUAUCGGGCAGAGGAGAACCAGAACAUCACACUGGAGUGGACGUUCACCACCACACCUUACAGCUCCUGGAGCUACCUUUUUAUUCAAUGUUUUCAAAUGACUGAUAGCGAAAUCUCAGACUUGUAUCAUUUCUAUGAUGGUGUUGAGUUAUCAGUGUCGAAAAAGUUUUCAGGACGAGUCCAGAGUGACAGAGAUGCCAUCAGAGAAGGACGAAUCAGACUUCAACUGUCCACACUCAGGACUAAUGACUCUGGUCUGUACAACUCUCGUCUGACUGUGAGUCCCAGCUGCUCUCAGUUCUUUGACUAUGACUCUGUGACUCUGAGCUGUGAGGAGGACAACAGCUCUGCUGGAUGGACUCGGAGGAGAAACACAAGCAAACCGAACAUCACUCAGUGUGGAGAUCGGUGGGGAACAAUAGUUAAUUCUUCCUGUGACAUCAGUUACAUCGUCGAACGAGACAGUGGAGUUUACUGGUGUGAGUCCAGAGAGGGUCCCAUCAGUAACAUGGUUAACCUGACAGUCACUGGUGGAUCAGUGAUCCUGCAGAGUCCUGUCCUCCCUGUGAUGGAGGGAGAUGACGUCACUCUGCUCUGUAAAACAAAGACCACUCCCUCCAACCUCCCAGCUGCUUUCUAUAAAGAUGGCUCCCUCAUCAGGAAGCAGCCUACAGGUCACAUGACCAUCCAGCAUGUUUCCAGGUCUGAUGAAGGCCUCUACAAGUGUGACAUCAGCGGUCAUGGAGAGUCUCCAUCCAGCUGGAUCACUGUCACAGAACUCUCUGCAGGUAGACCUCCAACCACAACCUUGCCCACCACUUCUACACAUAUUCCCCCUGCCUCUGCUUUGUCCCCUUACUCUACAACCCUCCAUCUUGUGAUCAGAGUAGUCUGUCACCUGGUGGUGUUCUGUCCAUACUUCAUCUCCACUUUCAUCGUGGUGUCUCUAUAUCGAGGCAGAGCCAAAGAAAAUGACCCCACUAUCCCCAUGGCAACAGCAACCAAUGCUGAGCAGAGAUUGUGUGAGGACUAUGAUGAUAUUGGGUCGGUGACCACUGAGCAUCAGUUCUAA